GCGUGAAAGAGGCUCAAACGGGUUCGGACUGUGCGGUCCCCCGGCUGCCGAGGCGCCGCCCGCGCAGUCUUGGCCCUGAAUUUUUUAUGCCAGAGAUCCUUGGGAAUUAUUCAGGCAAGAUAGGUGAUGUAAAGGAACCAAAAAAUAGACAGGAUGACAGAUUGUUAGUGUUUGAUCAAAAGGAGAAAGCAGUGACUGAGUCAAAUGAAGCAAUGUCGGGGAGAGAAGUCUCUUCAGUGACUAAUGAGAAGAAAGUCUCUUUAAAACAUACUGACAAUCGAGUAUCUUCGAAGAGUACCAGAAAGAAAGAUACGUUAACACACCUCCAGUCUAAGCUGUGGUCAUCUCCCUUCUUAAAAGAAGGCACAGGUACAGUGGGGAAAGAUGCAAACGUUGCAAAACAGGUGAAAAAUAACAAACACUGCCCUCAGGACACUAAGGACAAACUGUCAGAAUCCACAGAUGAUGAUGGUGAAGACGAUGCCAAUGGUGGAGAUGAUGAAACCAGUAACCCUAAGAAGGUUACUCGUGCCCCAUUAGAGUUAAUGACAGAAUUUUUGAGAGCAGAAAUGGACCGAGACUACCAUCUGGCGAAAAAAUUAUGUCAGAUGAUUCUGAUCUAUGAACCAGAAAAUCCCGAGGCCAAGGAGUUUUUCUCACUUAUUGAAGAAAUGUUGCUGUUGGAGAAAGCGAAGCGCCCCGAGGAAGACUCCGAAGAAGACCUUGACGACAGCAGCGCGGAGAGCGAGGGGGAAAGCAGCGAGGAGCAGAGUGAAGACAGCUCCGACGAGUGUGAAGACGGCUGACGGCCGGCCGAGGCCACUGCUGGGCUGUGAGCCUCGCGCCCUGCUGGGUGUGUUCCGCGGAAUUCUCCGUCCUGUGUGCUAUAGCAGUAUAAAGACAGAGCAGCA